GCGCGGAAGAGGAAAGUCUGCAUCGAUCGAAAACAAGCUAAGUUAGCAACGGUAAUUUGAGAUUGCAAACGCGACGGUCUUUAAACCACAAGUCUGACCUUUAUUUUAAUUUAUACAAAUCGCCACGGGAAACUGUGAGUCACCUAAUCGUCAUCCCUUCACGUAGAUAUCAUUGAGCAUGAACAACUAGCUUUAACUUUAUACAAAUAGAUGACUAGCUGAUUGUAAACAGUAAGAUAACUGCAGCAAACGGCUAGCUACAUUGGCUAGCGUUAGUAAGGCAACGUCCUGUAGCAGCCAACGUCUGUACUGUCACGUAGCAUCAGUUACUGAAGAAAACAAACCCGAGAUUGGUGACCGAGAGUGAACACCGCGUUCUUAAAGUCGACUUUGACCCAAUUAACGCUGACGCUACAAAUAGGUGGGGAUAAUGCACCACGUCAAGAUAAAGACUGAAAGGCCAGAUUUGGAGGGGGCUGGUGCUCGCAGCAGAUUGGAUGAUGUGCUAAAGGGACUUGUGGAGAGGAGUGAAAGUGAAAGGGAACAAAAUGAGGGGGACACUGGAAAAAUAUCAGCAGACUCCUUAAACAAGGAUUUAUCUCCAUCAUCUGCUGGAAAAAGGCCUUCAGCUCGAUUUCCACAGCACCGGAGGAAGAAGCGUAAAGAGAUGGAUGAGGGCAUACCAGAAAGCAAUCAACACAAACAAAAUGCUUAUAUUAUUAAGCUGUUUGAUCGCAGUGUGGAUCUGGCUCAGUUCAACACCAGCACCCCACUGUAUCCUAUUUGCCGUUCUUGGAUGAGAAACAACCCUUCUGUUCGUGUGCCACCUGCUUCUCCAAGCCCCCCACAUAGCAUGGCGGAGGAAGAGGUUACAGACAUGAUGAAUGGUAAAGGCCAGAUUGUGUACAGACUGCCUCCUCCAACAGCCUGUCCUGUCAACACAUCUGGUGAACCCAUCAAUCUUAGGAUCCCACAGACUGAAAAACCCACUGUUACCAAGUUGACGGAUUCAGUUCCUGUAUCAGGUUCUCUCCUAUGUGACCACAUGGAGCGUUGGAAAAAGAUUAGACAAAAAUGGAAGGAAUGCUCUAACAAGAACCAGUUGAGAUACAGCGAGAGCAUCAAGGUCCUGAAGGAAAUGAAGGAGCUCUAUGAUCGCUAACUGGCUUGUACUGCGGCUUUCCACCACAGCAUGCACUCUAUGCAAUUAAAGGGAGCCCCAGCAUAAAAGUCCAUGUUUGAACAAACACAAAGGAAAGCAUUAACAGACCCUUGAGCCCUAUUUAGACUAUAUUUUACAUCCCUGCAGAAAAAUAGAUUAUUUGAAGGAGGUUCAAGUUUACUGCAAUUUGCUGUGCUGGAAAGUGUUCCAGGGGGAUGCAGGACUAUUCAUUCAUUAAUUGUUAAGAAUUCUGAAUAAAGUCAUCUAUCUAUCCUGUGGCAUCAA